UCCCAUCCCAUCCCAUGCAUUGGGUCAGGGAGUGACACACAGCCCCAGCUCCUCUCUCCCUUCUCUGCUCACAGGGAGGGCUCUGCAGCCUCAGUGCUCGGUGCCAGAUCCCUCUCCAACAGCUGUAUGUUCUCCAGCAUGAGUCAUCCCACCCCGAGCUCUCAGCCUCUCCAUAACAACAUUCCUUCUCUCUGAUCUAAGAUCCUGGCUGUGAUCAGUCGCUGUCUCCUUCUCCUUCCUCUGGUCACAGGGUUCCUGUGCCCAACUGAGGCAGCUCAGAACCAGGAUGCUGUGCCAGGACCACCAGCCCCCACUGCCUGUAUAAAGGUGACCUGCAGUUCCCUUCUCUCCCCUGUAUCUAAAGCGAGGUGCCCCAUUACCACGAGGUCUGUGGUUUUUCCCCUCUCAGGCACUGACAUUGAUUUACUUUUCUUAUUGUCUUUUAGCUGUUCCUCCCCAUUCCUGUAGCAGUUCUCCAAGCUCCGGUCCUGCUCAUCUCCCACCCUACAAUGAUCCUCCUUCUCUAUUCCUGGUGCCCCUUUGCCCCCUCUGCAUUACUUUCAACUCUUCUCUCCACUCCUCAGGGUGUUAUCACACUCCUUGUGAGGAGGAGGAGGUGUUGGGACAAUUAAAACACCCACCUCCCUGUGAUGUCCUCUGUGCCUCCUUCCCGCACCCUGGGUCACGUUCAUGGUGUUAAUGACACUUGGGGUGCCAGGGGGUGAUCUGGAUUUGGAACAUUGCAAUGGAGGGGGCUCCAAUGCUCCAGUUGGGAGGGAUGGAGCUCAGUGCCCUUCUGCCAGCCCUGCUCCAGGAGCUGAGCUCUCAUCGCUUCCAGCUCCAAUUCCUUGGCUGGCUUCACCUGGCACAGGUACAGCCUGGGGAUGGAAGUCAGAUUUUGCUCAAAAGCAUUAAUUUCUUCUGGAUCAAGGAGAGCCCGGAUGUUUUCCAGUGAUAGGAAAGGGAGAACAGGCUGUAAUCCUCCCUGGGAUGCUGCAGUAGCAUCCCAGAGAUGCAGGAUGAGCUCCCCAGCUCAUUGGGACAGCUGUGAACUUAUAGGGCAUCACCACCUCUGCAGCACAGCCCAGAGUGGGGAUCCUCUCUCCCUUGUCGUUGGGCCCCUGGGUGAUGGAUGCACAUCCUGAGAACUCUAAAACCCUUUGCUGGGCAAUGCAAUAAAACCAAAUGGAUGGAGUUUGCAUUUGCUUUCAGGGCAGGAGAUGCUGCUGGUGGCUCAGAGUCACACAGGGGACUGUGGAGCUGUAUUUUGUGGUGUAAGCAGGGAUCUCAUUUGAUGCUCUUAGAUUUAUCCCAGCCAUGGUGAAGAAGGGGAGCAAAAGUUGGGUUCAUUUGUAUUAAACCCUGUCAAAUGCAAAUGGCACCGGAGCAGAACGGAGCUGAAUCUCUGUGACACUGGUGUGGUGUGAGUGUGUGUGUGACACCGGGCUUUAAGCAGUGCCUGCAGGGCGAUGAAAAAAGUGAAAAAGGGGGAUGAAAGUGAACUUAGAGCAGCGCUUUCAUUCCAACAGAUGCUGCAUGAUUAAAAGGGAGAAAGCAAAGCGUGAAGCAGAGGGUCUCGCUGCUACAGACCCAUUCCCAGCCCAGUUUGACCCAACAGGGCCGGAACUUUGUGCAUCUCGUGGGAUACGAGCAGAACGAGGGCAUCGCCCUUCUCUGGCUCCCACCAGGGCUCCGUGCUGCAGGACGGGGGUCGCGAACCCCCUGCUGGUGCCGCCCGAAGCGACCGUAACUUCUCCUUCCUCCCCGGCCGGGUCGGGGCACGGUCUCUUCUCGUUCUUCCCUCCUCCUUCUCCUCCUCCUCCUCCCUGGCGAUGCUCCGGUCUCCGCCUCCCCGCGGGGCCGCGGGCGGAGGGCGGGGAGGGGACCCAGCGCCGGGCGGGACGCGCUGCCGCCCCGAACCGAGUGGAGCCGAACCGAACCGAGCGGAGCAGCCCCGCUCUGCAGCCCCUCCAUGGCCACGACCCCCAGAGCUCUGAGACCCGGGGACAGCGGCCACGGCUGGAGGCGGCCGCCGGAAGAGCAGCCAAGGCAGCGACGAUGACUGCCGAGAGCACCGAACCCAAUGGCCCCAUGCGAGAGCCAACAGUGGGGGGCACAAAGCCACCAGCCCCCCCUGCCCCACCACGGCGCCGAGGCCGAAGGCUACGUCGCAAAUCACUGCCGGAGGUGGCGGUGAAGGGACAGCUUCGCAUGCGCUCACCAUCUGGAGCCUUUGUCAUGGUGGGCAUCUCGGUGGUCUUGGUAGGCAUGACCAUUGCUGUGGUGGGCUACUGGCCCCAUCGGGGGCAUGGAGGUGCUGGGGCUGGAGUGGGGAAUGCCAGCACAGCGGGGGACAUGAGGAGGGAGGUGGUUGCUGGGCGCCCCGCGCCCCACAAUGAGAAGCUGAAGCUGAUCGGCCCCGUCAUCAUGGGCAUCGGGCUCUUCAUCUUCAUCUGCGCCAACACCAUGCUCUACGAGAACAGGGACAUGGAGACACGCAUGCUGAUGCAGAAAGGUCUCUACUGCAUGGCCACGGAUCUCCCCAAGGAGACCAGCCCCAAGGAUGAGGACACCCAACUGGCACCCAAAGCCAGCCCUGAGUGCUUGGAGGGCUGCUACGAGGUGGACUUGUCCUUGGGCAGCAAAUGGGCCGAUGGCUUUGGCCCCAACAGGCUGCAGACCACAGCUGAGCUCAUGCAGUGCCCAGGGGCAUCCCCAGCAGCCUCCCUCCUCAGCCUCCACUCGGAGACAAACCUCGGGCUCUCCGCUACUGUCGGGGCCUUGGCGUUGCCCAUCAUCAAGCUCAACAACCGCUUGCUGGACGCUGCCUCACGGGGGGCCAGUGGGAUGACAGAGGGAGCCCCCCAUCCUGCUGAAGGCCCGCUGCCCUCCUGGGCCCUGCUGUCCCCCAGUAGCAGCAGUAGCGUUGCACCUCGGGGCAUGGAGCACCGCAGCGGCCAUGUUGUCAUCAACAUGGAGGAUGGUGGCCCCAUGGUGGAUGUAGGCCCUGACACUCAGCCCCACAACUCGGGGCACUCCAAGUCUUUGGACCUGGGCCGGCCGGGGGUGCUGCUGGUGGCUCCCAUCAAGGACCGUAAGAACCGGAGUUGGCCUCGACUUGACCACAUCAAUGCGGUGGCUUAUGCCAAACUGGAGAACUGGGGCGAGUCCUUGGACCGGCUCCUGGAGUCCGGUGGGACAACACACCACGCUGAGCCCCGGCCCAGCUCCUGGGUGGUGGGCAUGGAGGGGGGAUCGCGGGUCUGACAGCAUUGGGGUUGAGGGUUUGAAACAGACUUGUGAGGUCCCCGAGCCUGGGGAGGGCUCCUGGGUUGGGACCUUUGCUCCUCCUCUUCCUCACCACCUUCCUUGGGGAUGCUCUCAGCUUUACAAAGCCCUUCUGCUGGCAGCCUUCCUGAGGAGCCCUGACUUAUAGACCCACCGUGGACCAUGGCAUGGGGUUGGGGUGAGCAAAGCACAGCUGGGUCUCCUUGCCCAACCCAAAGGGAAAUUUGCUUGAGCAGAGCCCGACAGGGCCAUUAAAUGUUACCUUGAUGCCACGCAGUGCUCCCUUGUCUCAUACUCAGGGUGGUAGUGUGACACCCCCAGCACAGUGGCUCUGGGCAGUGCAGGAAUGUGUGUGAGGAAGGUGGACAAACCACUGUCCAUUAGGAAAAACCAUUUUGCAGCUCAAUGCCUGAUCCUGCUGCUGCUCCAGUGCUCAGCAGGGCCCCCCCCCCCCCCCAAAUUCUUUCCAGCAGCAGCAAUAGGGGACACGUCCCCAAACCUCCCAGCCCCUCUGCAGGCUGCAGUAGGUCCCUGCUCUGAGCUGCUGCUCUUGCCAGCAACCUGGGAGGCACAACAGCACAGCAUUGCUGCUGGAGCUGGAUCCCUGCCUCUCCCAUCCCAAGAGCAGCUGAAAUAUGUCUUUGUUGCAUGAAAUGUUCUUUUGUUUCCUCUUUUGAUCCCAUCCCCAUGAAACAAGCACAGAGUUUUGGACCUUGGAAGCUGCAGGACAAUGUCUUUCUUCAGCCCAUCCCACCACAAAGUUAAAGCAACCCCCCAGAAGCAUCUCAGCGCUGUGCAAUGCGAUGCCUUAAGACGGGGCAAAAUCUAUAUGUAUCUAAUGCACAAGGUGUGGAAAAGAGAUGGAGGGAAAACACUGCUAAUUUGCAGAGGGUUUCCAGCUGGGGAGCACUGGGCUCAUCUGCAGCAUUGCCCACAGCUGUGCUGAACCCACCCAGCACCAGCAGCUUCUCAGCCCUGGGCUCAUUACAGCAUUUCCCUUCCUGCACUGAGCAAAUUCAGAGCUGUGAUGCUGCCUGCCUGGUAAGUAUGGUUUAUUUUUCCCCCUCAUCCUCCCUGCCUUAAGAUUUAAAGUCUAUGCAAAGGAAAACA